UGGAUGCCUAAGACGGGGAGGAUUUUUCUGAUUAUGUAGUUUUUAUUUUCACGAUUUAUUAAUUAAUAAAUAACAAAUAUUUACUUUGUUUGAAGUUAUUAAGUGUUAUCGAAGUAAAGAAACUUAAAAAAUGUCUUCGGAAAAUAAGAAACGUCCAUAUAAAAUAUGGAGUGGAGAUAGACAAAAACGAAAAUCUGUUAUGGCCGCCUCACUUAAAGAAUUAAAAGAAAAAGGAGGUGAUAAAUUAGGUUACAGUACUUGGUCUGAUUUGAAAGUAGUAAUAGAAAGUGAUGGCACAGAAGUGGAAGAUGACAACUACCUUCACGUUGUAGAACGUGACACAGUAUUACAACUGCUCUGUCCGGNAGUGAUUAGUAUAAUGUUAUUUGUUUAA